GUGGUUAUAUUAUACAUUGCCUGAGAGCGAUUUAGCGGAAGCAGAGGUGCCAACCUUGUGUUUUCUCGUUACACCGUGCCCGAAUUAAUAGGAAGAUUAUUGGAACGGAUCAUGUGAGGCACCUCGUUUUCAUAAGGAACGUGGGGUAAGGCAAUACAAAAGAAAAACUUAAACGCGCAAUGGCAAACCAAUCGAGGAGGAUAAACCAGAUACAUGCAUCUGUUUUAUUUGGAGCUUAAUUGUAAGUGAGCUAUGCAGUCAUAGCUCGCCUUAUGGCAUGCGUUAUGCGAAUGAUGCGAAUUGUUAUUGCUCGACAUUUGUACAUGGUAAACUGGCUGUUUUUAAAGCUUAGCCCAGUGAAAAGGGAUAGGCUAUAGGCUACGUAUAUGUGGCCAUUCAGCCAGAGGAAGACCCAUGGACAAAUAUUUGACAUGGAAAUAUAAACUUUCUCCUUCAUGUUUCAUAUCAUUUGAAAAUCUUGACAAUUGAAAGUAUGGGAAGUAACAAGGCGGGGACCAGCCAACAGAAUAUCUGAAGAAAAAUACAAUCAUUUUAUUUUUUAAUGUUUGUUGAAUAUUCUCUUGAACAUUACACACACCGAAAGGAACUCGUGGCUGGAACAACUGUGUGUUGUGAUGCUUUUUCUCUAUCUUUUAUCUAGUCUAAGUUUUGAUUUUUUCAGUAAGAUCUGUGCGAUUGUAGAAUGGCUCGAUUCGAAGAGGAACUAUCCAACCGGCGUGGAGGGGUCUGUCAAGCGGGCCCACCAAGGGGGGCAGGUCGGCCAGCAGGCCCCCCAAGCGGCCCUAGGGUGUACAAACAAUCAAUGGCCCAAAGAGCCAGGACAAUGGCCAUUUACAACCCCAUCCCUGUCAAGCAGAGCUGUCUUACUGUCAACCGGUCUCUCUUCAUCUUUAGUGAGGAUUGUAUCAUACGGAAAUAUGCCAAAAAGAUUACAGAAUGUCCAUUUGAAUACCUGAUCCUGGCCACCAUUAUAGCCAACUGCAUCGUCCUUGCCUUGGAGCAGCACCUACCAGCCGGCGACAAGACCCCCAUGUCAGAGCGCUUGGACGACACAGAGCCCUAUUUUAUUGGAAUAUUUUGUUUUGAAGCUGGCAUUAAGAUCAUCGCCCUUGGCUUUGCGUUUCACAAAGGCUCCUAUCUCCGGAAUGGCUGGAAUGUAAUGGACUUUGUGGUGGUGCUAACAGGGAUGCUGGCUACAGUGGGAGCAGACUUUGACUUGAGAACUCUGAGGGCAGUACGGGUCCUGAGGCCACUGAAACUGGUGUCUGGAAUCCCUAGUCUUCAGGUGGUUCUGAAGUCCAUCAUGAAAGCCAUGGUGCCUCUGCUGCAGAUCGGUAUGCUGCUCUUCUUUGCUAUCCUCAUGUUCGCCAUCAUCGGCCUGGACUUUUACAUGGGCAAGUUCCACCGGACCUGCUUCAGUACUGAUACAGGUGAGCAGGCAGCAGAGUUCCCCUGUGGUAUGGAGGCUCCAGCGAGGACCUGUGAGAAUGGCACUGUGUGUCAGGAAUACUGGAUCGGCCCCAACUACGGCAUCACCAACUUCGACAACAUCCUCUUUGCUAUUCUGACUGUCUUCCAGUGCAUCACCAUGGAGGGAUGGGUGGACAUCCUCUAUAACGCCAACGAUGCCUCAGGCAACACCUGGAACUGGCUCUACUUCAUCCCCCUCAUCAUCAUCGGAUCCUUCUUCAUGCUCAACCUGGUUCUGGGAGUCCUGUCUGGGGAGUUUGCCAAGGAGCGUGAGCGUGUGGAGAAGAGGCAGGAGUUUCUGAAGCUUCGCAGGCAGCAGCAGAUCGAGAGGGAGCUGACUGGAUACCUGGAGUGGAUAUGCAAGGCAGAGGAAGUGAUGCUGGCAGAGGAGGACAAGCACGCUGAAGAGAAGUCCCCUCUGGAUGGAGCGUGGUACAAAAGGAAACACAAUAACCCAGUGUUGAAAAGGGCAAAGAAGAGCAAGAAUGACCUGAUCAAUGCUGAGGAGGGCGAGGACCACUUCACUGACAUCUCAUCUGUUGUUCCUCCAGGGUCUCCGUUCGCCCGGGCCAGCCUGAAGAGCAGCAAGAACGGCAGUGCCUCCUACUUCCGGAGGAAAGAGAAGCGGCUCCGCUUCACCAUCAGACACCUGGUCAAGGCUCAGAGCUUCUACUGGACAGUGCUGUGUCUGGUGGGCCUCAACACACUGUGUGUGGCCAUCGUCCAUUAUGACCAGCCUGAGUGGCUCACAUAUGCACUGUAUUUGGCAGAGUUUGUAUUCCUGGGCUUGUUUCUGACUGAGAUGUCCAUGAAAAUGUAUGGACUAGGACCCAUGAGCUACUUCCAUUCGUCUUUCAACUGUUUUGACUUCGGAGUGAUUAUAGGCAGUAUUUUUGAGGUGAUCUGGGCAGUUGUGAAACCUGGGGCCUCCUUCGGCAUCAGCGUCCUGAGAGCUCUCCGUCUGCUCAGGAUUUUCAAAGUCACUAAGUACUGGAAUUCUCUGAGGAACCUGGUGGUCUCUCUACUCAACUCCAUGAAGUCCAUCAUCAGCCUGCUGUUCCUCCUCUUCCUCUUCAUCGUGGUGUUCGCCCUACUGGGCAUGCAGCUCUUUGGGGGACUGUUUAAUUUUGACGAGGAGACGCCAACAACAAACUUUGACACCUUUCCAGCAGCCAUUCUCACAGUUUUCCAGAUUCUGACAGGAGAGGACUGGAAUGCGGUGAUGUAUCAUGGGAUAGAGUCCCAGGGGGGCGUGCGCCGGGGAAUGUUCUCCUCCAUCUACUUCAUUGUUCUGACCCUGUUUGGAAACUACACUCUCCUCAAUGUCUUCUUGGCCAUCGCUGUUGACAACCUUGCAAACGCACAGGAGCUCACUAAGGAUGAGGAAGAGCAGGAGGUGGCCAUCACCAAGAAGAUGGCCCUCCAGAAGGCCAAGGAGGUCAAGGAGGUCAGCCCCAUGUCGGCCGCAAACAUCUCCAUCACAGCGCUACACAGCAUCCUGUACACAGGCCAACAUGGAGCGGACAGGGCAAUGCCAGCAAGUUUUGUAAAGCAAAGUCAAGGUGCACUCUCUAGCAGCUCGUCCGUCUGCAGCGUUAAUUCACUUAAGGAGCAGCAGAAGUCUCUGAAGAUGAUGUCAGUGUGGGAGCAGCGAACCACUCAGCUGAGGAGACACAACCUGCGGGCCAGCAGUGAGGCCCUGUACAGCGAGCUGGACCCUGAGGAGAGGCUUCGUAUGUCCUCCGCCCUGCACAUCCGCCCUGACAUGAAGACCCACCUGGACCGGCCCCUGGUGGUGGAACCCCAUGACGGCCCCGGCCCUAUGGGCCAACACAAGCCCCGGACCCCUGAGGAGACGGAUACCCCUGAGGACCUGGCCGGCCCCCAGCCACGCAGGCACCACCGCCACCGGGACAGGGAGAGACCCAUCGACGAAGCCAAUGAGAAUGGUGAUCCAGGCAAAGAGGGUAGGCACCAUGUCCACCACAGUCGUAGCAAGGACCCAGAAGGCACCCGAGGCAAGGAGGGGAAGAGUGAGCGGUCGCGCAGCCGAGAGGGGGGCAAGAGGCACCACCACCAGACCUUAGUGGACGAGGGAGGAGGAGGAGGGGGGACGGGGGAGAGAGAGCACCGCCACCACCACUCCCACAGACAGGCCAGAGAAGGCAACGGCACUGUCAACAGCGGAGGCAAGGGCGAGCGCAGGUCACGCCACAAAGAUGGCCGCUCGGGAGAGAGGUGCUCCAGGGGAGAGAACGGAGCCAAUGGGGAGAGGAGGAGACACAAGACCCACGGCUCAAGGGGCCAGUCCACACUGGAGGGAGAGGACCACAGUGAGAGAGAGAAGGGGAGGGGCCACAGGAACAGAUAUGUGGAGUCUGAGGGCGACUCCCUGGCCAUCAGCCCCCAGCAGGAUCCUGGAGAUCAGAGGUGGGGCACAGAGGGACCUGAAGACUCAGACAACCAGAGGAACGUCAGACGGACUGGACAGACGGCCGUCAACAUCCCCCCUGUCACCAUCACCCCCCCACCCGGGGAGACUACCCUUAUACCCAUGAACAGUAUAGACUGUGAAACCAUGCCUAUGAACGAGGAGAAGAAGACCCUGGAGGAGCGGACUCAGAGUGGACCCAGACCCAUCCUGCCUUACAGCUCCAUGUUUGUGUUUGGCCAGGCCAACGUGGUGCGGCGUCUGUGUCAUUAUAUUGUCAGCCUGCGGUACUUUGAGAUGUGUAUCCUGGUAGUGAUAUCCAUGAGUAGCAUUGCAUUGGCUGCAGAGGACCCUGUCCAGGCCAACGCUCCGCGCAACAAUGUGCUCAAGUAUCUGGACUACGUCUUCACGGGAGUUUUCACAUUUGAGAUGGUGAUUAAGAUGGUUGACCUGGGCCUCCUGCUCCAUCCUGGUUCUUACUUCAGAGAUCUCUGGAACAUUCUGGACUUCAUUGUGGUCAGUGGCGCACUGGUGGCAUUUGCAUUUUCAGGGUCCAAAGGAAAGGACAUCAGCACCAUCAAGUCCCUCAGAGUUCUGCGAGUCUUACGGCCCCUCAAGACCAUCAAACGCCUACCCAAGCUGAAGGCUGUGUUUGACUGUGUGGUCAACUCCCUGAAGAACGUGUUCAACAUCCUCAUAGUCUACAUGCUCUUCAUGUUCAUCUUCGCUGUCAUCGCCGUGCAGCUGUUCAAGGGAAAGUUCUUCUACUGCACCGACGAGUCCAAGAGCCUGGAGAAAGACUGCAGAGGUAAUUUCCUGGACUAUGAUAAAGAUGAGGUGGCCGCCCAGCCUCGGGUGUGGAAGAAGUAUGAGUUCCACUAUGACAACGUGCUUUGGGCCUUCCUCACUCUCUUCACUGUGUCCACCGGAGAGGGCUGGCCUGAUGUUCUGAAGCACUCUGUGGACGCUACCUCUGAGGACCAGGGUCCCAGUCCAGGCUACCGUAUAGAGAUCUCCAUCUUCUACGUGGUCUACUUUGUGGUCUUCCCCUUCUUCUUCGUCAACAUCUUUGUGGCCUUGAUCAUCAUUACCUUCCAGGAGCAGGGAGACAAGGCCAUGUCAGAGUGCAGCCUGGAGAAAAAUGAGAGAGCCUGCAUUGACUUUGCCAUCAACGCCAAGCAGAUGACACGUUACAUGCCAGAGAACGUGCAGUCCUUCCAGUACCGGAUGUGGAAGUUUGUGGUGUCACCUCCGUUUGAGUACUCCAUUAUGAUCAUGAUCGCCCUGAACACCGUGGUGCUCAUGAUGAAGUUCCAUGGAGCUCCAGACUUCUACGAGGCCAUGUUGAAGCACUUCAACAUCGUCUUCACUGCCCUCUUCUCUCUGGAAUGCAUUCUGAAGAUCAUUGCCUUCGGUCCGCUGAAUUACCUGAAGGAUGCCUGGAACGUGUUUGACUUUGUGACAGUGCUGGGAAGUAUAACUGACAUUGUGGUCACAGAAAUCAAUGACCGGCUGUUGAAUCUGAGUUUUCUGAGGCUGUUCAGAGCAGCUCGUCUCAUCAAGCUGCUGAGGCAGGGAUACACCAUCCGUAUCCUGCUGUGGACCUUCGUCCAGUCCUUCAAGGCCCUGCCCUAUGUUUGCCUUCUGAUAGCGAUGCUGUUCUUCAUUUAUGCCAUCAUUGGUAUGCAGGUGUUUGGAAACAUUGAGCUCAACGAGGACACAGCCAUCACUCACCACAACAACUUCCGCACUUUUCUUCAGGCCCUCAUGCUGCUGUUCAGGAGUGCCACAGGGGAGGCGUGGCAUGAGAUCAUGCUGUCGUGUUUGAGUCACAGAGCCUGUGAUGAGAGGUCAGGCAACCUGGGGAAGGAGUGUGGCAGUGACUUCGCCUACUUCUACUUUGUCUCCUUCAUCUUCCUCUGCUCUUUCCUGAUGCUCAAUCUGUUUGUGGCUGUCAUCAUGGAUAACUUUGAGUACCUGACUCGAGACUCGUCUAUACUGGGGCCUCAUCAUCUGGAUGAGUUCAUCCGUGUUUGGGCUGAGUACGACCCUGCUGCCUGUGGCCGUAUCAAGUACCUUGAUAUGUAUCAGAUGCUCCUCCACAUGUCCCCACCCUUAGGUUUGGGAAAGAAAUGUCCGCCAAGAGUCGCCUACAAGCGGCUAGUCAAGAUGAACAUGCCCAUCGCUGAUGACAACACAGUCCACUUUACCUCCACUCUCAUGGCGCUGAUCCGCACGGCCCUGGAGAUCAAACUGUCCUCAGGGAUGGUUGCCCAGCGUCUUUCUGAUGCUGAACUGAAGAAAGAGCUCUCUACAGUUUGGCCAAGCCUUUCACAGAAGACUAUGGAUCUGUUGGUUACACCACACAAACCCAAUGAGCUUACUGUUGGGAAGGUGUAUGCAGCCCUGAUGAUCUUUGACUACUACAAGCAGAACCGAGCCAAGAGGCUCAAGGAGCAGCAACAGCAACAACAGCAACAGAAUGCUGCCGGCUCCCAGGGUAAGGUGGGGGCUCUGUUUAAACCAAUACUGCCCCUGACUUACAAGCAGGAGAAAGAGAAGGAGAAGGCCAUCAACAACAUGGAGCCUCCCUGUGAACUACUUCCUCAGCCCCAGCCUCAGGCCCUACCUAGACCCAGCUCCACCCUGCUCAACAACAUGGAGCCUCCCUGUGAACUACUUCCUCAGCCUCAGGCCCUACCUAGACCCAGCUCCACCCUGCUCAACAACGGAGGCACACUGCCAAGCCAUGAUGGCACCAUGAAAGGAUCGUCCUCCUGGGUGUCAGAGAAGUCUAGAGAGGUCCACAGACCCAGGAAUAAGACACCUGUCCAAAGGGGCCAGUCUGAAGAUGUCCCAAACACAACCCUUCCCCAGGAGUCAGUGGAGAUGAGGAAGAUGGACACCAGUGACAGCACAGUGCCUGGUCCUGGGUCUGGACUGGAGAGCCAGGGGAGGGCUGUAUCCAUGCCCCGCCUCAACGCAGAGCUACAGAGGAGCCAGUCACGCCACUCCCCAGGGACCCUGCUGGCCCCUGUUCCUGACUGCAGCCCGAUGAAGCGCUCUGCGUCCACCCAUGCCCCACAGCGCCCCCAAGAGGCAAACCUGCGUGACUACACCCUGGAGACGCCCAGCAUCCAGGAAAGGCCUCACCACCACCACCACCACCGCUGCCACCACCGUAGAGAGAGGGACAAGAAGCAGCGGUCACUCGACAGGACGCCAAGCACCGCUGGUACACCAGGAGACCCGGCUGCAGAGCCCUCGUCUAGAGACAGGGUGCAGGACCGCGGCCGCUCCCAUGAGAGAAAGAACCACUCGACGGCGGGGGAGAAGCAGCGGUACUACUCCUGCGAUCGCUACGGCAGCAGGGAACACUGCCACACCACCAAGUCUGCCACCACCAGCUGUGCCACCUCCCCCAGCGAGGUGCAGGACCCCAGCAUCAACAAGAAGGGUAGUGGUUCGGUUAAAUGCAGCCCAGUGAUGAUGACCUCAGGGGCUAGCACACCCAGCCGUGGACGCAGGCAGCUACCCCAGACCCCCCUGACCCCCCGCCCCGGGGUGGCCUACAAGACUGCCAACUCCUCCCCUGUGCACUUUGUGUCUGCCCAGUGUAGCAGUGGCCUGCCCACCCUGAGUCCUGGCCGGCUGAGCCGCGGGCUGUCUGAGCACAACGCCCUGCUGCACAGUGGCUCCUCCCACAUCCCCUCCCCUGUCACCCGCAUCAGCUCUGAGCCCUUCCUGGGUUACAGUCACAGGGAAGCCCAGGGCCAGGGCAGUCUGUACUGCAGCCUCCGGGAUGAGCUGCUGGGCCCCUAUGCUGCCAGAGCACGCUCCCCUCGGACCGCACUGCCUCAGAUGGGGCCGGGGCCCCUCCACCUGCCUCCGCCACCCCAGCAGAGCCAUGCGGUGCCCAAUGGAUACCACUUCACCUUUGGUGGUAUUGGCAAUGCCAGCCCGGAGUCUGGCUCUGGCGUCAGGGCACCCAGGUACUACCACGAGGCAGAUGAGGAUGAAUGGUGCUAGCAUGGCUUUGAACAGAUGUUUUUAUUGCAUUUUUUUAGGAAUCGUGAUGAGUUUUAUCAUCUUUUUUUGAAGGGUUUAGUUUACACUGUUGCUGUAUGUAAAGCUAAUGGGAGCCAAGGAAGGGUUGGGAUUCAUUUGAAUGUGAACAAAGCAGCACCGUUUUUAGGAACUGGAUGAAAAUGAAAUUGGAUGUGGAUUCGGUGAAUUGUUGGUAAUUGAGUUUGAUCCGACUUCGUCUUAUGCACUGAAGACAGUGGCAUGUUUAAUUGAGGGCACUUUUGCUUUGAUUCUUUAUCAAACUGAAUUACUUUGAGAACAUCCAACUUAAAAAAUGCUUUACCUACUUAAAAAAUACUUGUCUUGAUAGUGACCCAAAUAGUGACAUAAGAAACUCUACUACAGUUACUCACAAUAGAGAUGGGCGAGCAGCAGGCCUCUUUGCUAACUCUGUGAUGAGCAGGGGGACACCCAUGUAUUGUUUAGUAUCUGUAACAACACGUGAUAAGGAAGUAGUCCGAGAGAUUUAUUCAAACUUGAAAGGCACUUGAAAGUAAAACUGCACAACAGCUAUUCUACUUUGCUUUGGGACUCUUACCAUUCCAUGAUAUAAAGGGAUUUACAGUAGCCUAGCCCUUUAUAUGACAUUCUCUUUCUGUCAGAAGAUACAGCCUGAUCGAAUAGAGGGAUCGAUGUUGUCAUUACAGACAGUGAUUGUUGAUUCGUUACUGUUUACCGUUGCAAAUUUCACUACUACUACUUCAGAGAAAUGAGGAGAGGAAAUGAAAUGUGAUUGGUUUUAUAUACAACUAUGGUAUAUGUUAUCUUUUCAUUGUGUGCAUAUUUUGUAUCUUGUAAAAACAACUUUGUUCAUGUAAAUUGCUUCAAGUUUGCCAUCAUUUCAGGUUGAAUGUUUCUUACAGACGGUCUGCUUCAGAUGUUUAAAACAAAGUGCCUAUCCUUUUAGACAUGCUGUAGUAAAGAUGCAAAGUCAAACCCAUUUCUGUAAAGCAUCAACACUUAAGUAGUUAUUUGGUAGUUCUGCAGGAGAGCAAGAUGUACAGAAAGCCUUAUCUGAGAAACAACAACUUUUCUUCAAGAAAAAGAAAUGCUUUUUAAUGUACACUAUCAAUUAACCUAUUGAUUUGCUGAUCAUUUUCGCGUGUGAUUUUCCUUUUGGUAAAUAUAUUUCAUCAAUUUGAGUGGGGAUGACGAAGGUUGGGGCAAAAUCAUCGUAUGAACACUUAACAAACAUGAAAACGGCAUUAGUAGCAUAUACAUCCAGUUAGGAAGACACAGAGUAACACUGCAUGUUUAAAGCAUAAACCUGGUCCACAACCGUUAUGAAGAUGUAGUGGUGUAUAGUCACUUUCCUGGCGAGGUUAGUCAACUGCGAAAGCAUCGCAAGCUACCAUCUGUUUCAAUGCUAUAACUGGAGAGUUAGUAUAGAACAUAAGGAAUCUGAUGAGAAACAAACAGGGUGCACGUUUUGGAUGGAUGUGCUUGAGAAGCAGAGAUAGAUGCAGAUCCCUAAUGAGUGUAUACUCUGAGUCGAGCCCCUGGCACCAGCACACUGUACCCCCCUGUGUCUCCCCAUUGGCUCAGACCCCUCUAUGUUAAGGUUUUAACCCGUCAGAUAUAGCAUAAAUAUGGUUCACACUUUCUAGCGUUCUAUCUACCCAGCCAUGGUAACCGAUAAUGUUGGUGGUUCACAUCUGCUUCAGAGAAUAUAUACGGAUAUUAAUACAAUAUCAUUUUUUUAAAAAUGUGUUUCCCUGGGAUGGAUGAUCUAGUGCUUGGAAGAGUUUUGAUUCUUUUCUAUUCUACAUUGGUGGUGGAAUGUGGCACGGUGUGCUGUUUAAGGAAUGCUCUACUCCAGCAAAAGUGUUGCUCAAUUACUGAUAGUAUUGGAGAUACAGUAGGCGGGGCCAGGUGUUGCAAUGUCUGCACACUCGUCGGGGUUCUGUACUGCAUAUUUCCCAGAAGCAGGGUUUUGAUGACAGAGAAAGUAGGGCUAUGCAACAAGAGGACACUACGGUCAUAUACUUCAUCCAUAUUGUAGCUUUACAUGCGGAGAUCUCCAGAUUCAUACUACAGCAUGAUUGUGACCAAAUCUUUAUAAAAAAAAAACGUUUUCAAAUGUAUAAAACAUGUAUUUUAAAAUGCGUAUGGCACAACGAGUUGAAGCAGAAAUGAGGAGGAUAUUUAGAAAUACAGCAACUUUAUAUAUUUGCAUGCAUACAAUUUACCCAUGUUGACGAUGUCAAAAGGAAAAACUUGUGUCUUAAAACGUAAGUAAACAAUGUCAUACUAAUGGUUAUCUGUUCCAUGUUAGGUCACCUAAGAGGGGGGAUCAGUCCAGAGGAGGGUGUUCAUAAACAUUGAAUAAACUGUAAUGGUAAAAAUGAUCCACAUUCUUGUACAGGUACCUUCAAUUCUUUCCCCUUGACAUGUUGCCGUAGUGGGUAAAAACUUAAACUUAUGCUAUCAGUCUCUUCCUUCAUCUCUACGGCCUCUGUACUAUUUCAAAAGAAACAUAUCCACGCCAAAGUCUCUCACAGUUGGUUGCCAAACAUUGAACUGUUCCUAUUUCUCUCUCUGCAUACCAACUGCAGUGUACAUGUGGCUGUUUUCUGGAGAAAAUCAUGUUUGCAUGUUCUGAUAAUGUAUGUGCAUGUAAAAACUGUAGUACUUUUUUUGAUACCAUGUAUUAAUUUCUUGUUCAUUUUUAUUGAUCUUUGAUAUAUAUAUAUACAUAUACGGUAUAUAUAUAUAUAAUCUGUGGGGUUUGUUGGAAAAAAAUACUUUAUAUAAAAAUAGUAUUGAACAAUGAUGAUAGUUCCAGCCAUGCAACAGAGAUGGAACAUUCCUUAUUUGGGUCUGAGUUUUUGUUGCCUGAUUUAUGUUUAUUGGCCAGAAUUUGAAUUCUACAGUUGUUUCUACAUUUACAUUUUGUAUGAAGCCAAGUUCCUUGAAUAAAAAAUAAAAAAUGAAACACA